AGAAGCAGAUGCUUGUGCUCUUUAAAUUAAAAAAAAAGAAAAAAAGAAAAAAUGAUUUCUUUUAAUGCAUAUUGUUAAGAAAACGAGUAAACGACUUAUAAAAGCUCAAAAUUUAUACGUAAACCAGGAAAAAGAAACAGAGACUGUUGCUUUUCUUUUGCUAUGUACCCGGAUCCGACAUCGUUGGACCCACUCAUUCACCCAUUCUCUCAACACGAACCCUUCUUCUGAUCUCUCUCCCCGUCUGUUUCUUUUGGGUGUCUGUUUAUUUGCAUAUAGAGGGAGAUCCCUUCAUCUUGUUCAGGUUUACGUAAUCAAUUAAUCAUAAUGGGUGGCUGUGUGUCCACUCCACCAAAAAGAGUUAAAACAGUAGCACGCAAGAAACACCUUCGUCGAUUUGGCAAACGCCAUGUGAAGAUAUCCAGUUCUCAUGAUGAAAAUAAGAUAGUAAGUGGCGAUACAGGAUGUGUGACGGACUUUGCUGUGAGUCAAUUUGUCCAUGUGGAUUUUGAGAAUGGUAAAACUGCUAGUUUCCGAAGAUCUGGGGCCUCCAAUUCAACAUACCAUCUCAAGCAGAUGCAGUGGCACCUCAGUCAAGUUGAUUUUGAUGGAGUUUGCCAAGAGGAAGCUUGGUUUGAUUCAGUCAGUAUUCUGGAAUCUGAAUCUGAUGAUGAAUUCAGCAGUGUGCUUGGAGACUGCUUUUCAUCAGUGAGCUCUGCAGUUGGGAAUAUUUCAAGUGGACAGGUGCUCCAGUAUGAAAGUUCUUCAUGUUUUGUGGAUGGCCGGGGUAAAUAUCAAGAAUGCCACAAGAGUUAUAUGAAAAUAGAUGGACAUAGGAUAAGCAGAGAUGAAAGCAUGGAAUCAAAGGGUUUCGCAGUCUUGGGGAAGGCUGAGGAAAACAGAAGGAAGAAAUUGUUGGAUAAUUAUGGAAGCUUCAAAGGUUCAAUAGAGGAUAGACGUGACUCUCAAGAGAUUACAUUAAAAUCUGGGUUACCUCUUUUGGUUCCUUCUGUAAGUUUCAAUGACAAGGUUCUAAAUGCAUCAGCUCCAAAAAAGAAAUUAGCAGUUUUCAGGCUUUCUUUUAAGAGGAAAUCGUGUGAUGGAGAUGAAAUCAGUGAACAUUGUGCUUCAAAAAGAUUCUUAUAUCGUCCCAAAGCAGGAUUCAUUAUUCCACGUUGCAUGGGAGAGAAGUCAACUACAGGAUGUUGGUGUGAGAUUCCUCCCUCAAAUUUCAAACUCCGUGGUGAUACCUAUUUCAAAGAUAAAAGGAAGUGCCCCGCUCCAAAUUACAGUCUAUAUACACCAAUUGGUGUUGAUUUGUUUAUCUGCACUAGAAAGGUUAAUCACAUUGCACAACACCUUGAGCUUCCUAAUGCAAAAGCCGAAGGGAAAAUCCCUCCUCUUCUAAUUGUAAAUAUCCAGUUGCCAACUUAUCCUGCUGCAAUGUUCCUUGGUGAUAGUGACGGGGAAGGAAUGAGUCUUGUACUGUAUUUUAAGGUUUCUGAAAAUUGGGAGAAAGAAAUUUCUUCUCAAUGUCAGGAUAAUAUCAAGAGACUGGUCGAAGAUGAGAUGGAAAAAGUUAAAGGAUUUGCAAAAGAAUCAAGCGUUCCAUUCAGAGAAAGACUAAAGAUAAUGACCAGUUUGGUGAAUCCUGAGGAUCUCAAUUUAAGUUCUACUGAAAAGAAACUUGUAAACGCUUAUAACGAAAAACCAGUCCUUUCUCGACCUCAGCAUGAAUUUUAUAAGGGCCCUAAUUAUUUUGAGAUUGAUCUAGAUAUUCAUCGCUUCAGCUACAUAUCAAGGAAGGGACUUGAAUCAUUUCGAGAUCGUCUUAAAAAUGGAAUCAUUGACCUUGGUUUAACCAUCCAGGCACAAAAACAAGAGGAACUUCCAGAGCAAGUGUUAUGUUGUCUGAGACUGAGCAAGAUUGAUUUCGAGGACCAUGGACAGAUACCAACACUUAUGACCCUGGAAGAUAAUUAAGAAUAUAUCAGUGUUGAAGAUGGUAUAGGACACCUGAACAUAUAGACAAGCCUCGAACAUGGAGAGGAUGAUCAAGAUGAGCCUCGUAUGUGCACAUUUAAAUCCAUGAAAUUUCAGCAAUUUGUGAGAGGAAACAUACACUCUGUGUAUCCCAAUUUUCAAAUUCAAAUGUGAAAUGUUAUUCAUUUCUGUUUAAAUCAUAUAUAAGGCAAAAUGUUUUGCCAAUGCAAGUGUACGACACUAGGUGAAAAAUUCAAAUGAGUCAAUGACAGACGAUUCCAUUCAAUCUAUUUACAAUUUUAGACAA